AUGGCUAGAAAAUCGAUUGGAAUUGCUGAACUUGACUUCGAGAAUGGCAGUUUAGCAGAAAGUUGGAAACAAUGGAAGCAGACAAUGAAGUUAACGCUUCAAGGACCACUAGCCGAGAAAGAGGAAAAGCAGCAAUGUGGUUAUUUUCUGCUUUACAUUGGUCAAAAAGGCAGAGAUAUCUACAAUACUUGGGCGUUGAAGAGUGCUGAAAUAGACAAGAUCGAUGCAUUAUUUGAUAGGUUCGAAGCCUUUGUAAUCCUAAGCAGAAUGUCACGGUGCUACGCUACAAGUUUAAUACGAGAGAUCAACGAAGCAACAAGAAUAUAG